AUGAGUGAUUAAGGUGAUUAAUAAUACGAUGAUGAGGACCAAUAUGGAGAUGAGGAGGGAGACGAGGAAGAAAUCGAUUUCGAAAAUAUGACAGAUGCAUAGAAAAAAUUAUAUAUGGAGAUGCAUGGAUAAUAUUAUUAAGAGGAGGAAGAUGAAGAAGAAGGUGGAAAUGAGGAAAAUGAAGAGGAGGAAGGAGAUCAAUACUAAAAUUAAAUGAACUAAGGAAUGGGAAGUUCAUCCCAAUUUUAACAAGAUUAUGCUGAAGAAUCAAGACACAGUCCAGGAAGAAGAGAACAAAAUGAUGAAUAUGAUCCAGACGAAAUCUUAAGAAAAGUUAAAAGGGAUUUAUUAGAGAAUGUGAAUCGAAUUAGAAGAGAGAAGAAACUGAAUUAAUUAUAUAUAGAAUUGAUGCCUGCCAUCGUAGCAGAAAGAUAUGCUUCUCACUUACUUGAUAAUGAUCAUAGCGAUGCUGAAUUUAAGAAAUUAAUCGAAUUUUAUAAGUAUAAUGAAAAGAAAUUGGAUGAUCUUAAAUUGAUCUACAUUGUCUCCAAAUUCGAAGAAGACACCAUACCUGAUGCAUAAGUCAUAUAUGAUUAUUUCAUGGAAAUGGGUUAUCUCUUCUUUGAAGUUGAAGACGACAGAAAAAUAUUGCUCUCAAAUGAAAUGAAUCACAUUUCCAUUGGUGUCUCCUGUGAUGACAACUAAGUGGCUAUUGUGUAUAUUGUAAGUCAUAAAGACUUAUGUGUUACUAAAAUUGAAGACAGCAACGAUGGAAGCAUAUUGGUCCAUGGAAAGAUGCUUGAAGACUUAGUUGGUGUUUAUGCCUUACAAAUAUUGCCAUUUACUAGUGACUCCGGUAAAGUGCCUGAUAAAAAUGAAAACAAUAAGAUAGGGCCUGAACAUAUUGAAUUUGAUAGAUAAACUAAAUGUUUCAUUGCUAAAAUAGGAAAUCAAGGAUAGCCAUGCACAUAUGAUAUCAGAUAAUACAUUGAUUUGUAUACUAGAAAUACACCAGAAUCCAUUCCUUACAAGAAAAGCACAAGAGAAAAGUUGAACUUAAAACAUAUUGAAUUGAAGCUCAGAAUUCCAGUCAUCUUCUACCCUGAUCCAAGAUACGCUCAUGAAGAAUAAGAGGCAUAACAAUCUCAUUAAUAAGAAGAAUAAGCCUAAUAAAAUAUAUAAGAUACUCCCAUCUAAUAAUUAGAUGAAUAAAAUAGUGAUGAGAAUAAAGAUAAUUUAUCAUAAGAUGAAAAUCAAAAACAAAAGGAAGAUGAGUUUAUUCACAAGUUCCAAAUGCCCAAAGAAUAAUAACUAUCCAAUAAGGAUAUUAAAGAAGAAUUGGAAAUUGCUAUUGCUGAAGCACAAAGACAACAUGAUGAACUUUAUGAUCACAAUGUCAAUUUACAAUCAAAAAUUAAAUAAAUUAGAAAUAAAUAAGAAGUUUAUGCUGAUAAAACUGGAGAAAUGACCAUGAAUGAACACAAAUAUUUAAAUACCUUAGCACAUGUUCAUUAAAUUAGAUUGGAUUUACAAUAAACUUAAGAUAGAUACAACUAAAUGGCAUAGGAAUUGCAGUCUAAAUUGGAUGAAAAAUCAAAAAAAUGUAAUGAAAUUAGAUAGGCCUUCAUGGAUUUGAAGAGAGAAGUUGCACGCAAAGCUGCCUACUCUAGAACUGAUAAACCUAUACCAGAAGUUAGAAUAUCAGAAUGGGAAGAAUAAGAAUCAGCUAAAAAUAAGACUUUAUAAGAAUUAAGACUUGACACAUUAAGAUUGAAAAAUACUUUAGCUAAAAAUCAAAAGUAAUUAAAAAAGAAAGAAGAACUAGCAGAGGGAUUACAUUUAAUUGACUUUGAAUAAUUAAAGAUAGAAAAUCAAACUCUAAAUGAAAAAAUUGAGGAAAGAAAUGAAGAUCUUCAUAAAUUGAAAAAUAAGAAUACCAAAACAGUUUAAAUGUUAACUCACACUAGAGAGAAAUUAGGCUAUGUCAAAGCAAAGUUCUAGGAUCAAGAAAAAAUUAAUUAAAAAAAAAAGGAUGAACUUGAGGCAUUACGUAAAAACUUAGGAGAAUAAAAAGAAUCCAAAGAUAAAUUAAGAACUGAAAACCUUAAAUUAAAGCAAUAGACAGGAAUUGUGAAUCGUCCUGAAUUAAUUCAAGAUUACAGCAAUAGAAAGAAAAAUAUUGAUUAAUUAAAAGUUGAAUUAGAACAAUUAGAAUAAAAAUUAAAACACAUGCAGAAAGUUAUUGAUGAAUAUUAGAAUCAUCUUAAGAAAAAGGAAUAAGAACAAUAAAAUAAGUAGAAAGUUAGACUUAUAUGA